AUGCCCCAAUCGCAGUCGCAUCUGCCCCCGCGCGAACCAGGAACGCCCUCCCCGGACCCCUGGGCCUCGAGUGAACCCCCCGCCCAGUCUCAUAUCACCUGUACCAUCCAGCCGUCGCGACAUAACCAUGAGUCUGCGCUGCGGCGGAACCCGUUCCAUACGCUGUUUCGUGUGAAUGGGAAGAGUUGGCAGUCGAGAGAUCUGGUGAGGACGGGGGUUCCGUUGCGCGAGUUGGCGGAUGAGCCGAUGGCGAGGAAGAGUCAUGAGCCGUUUAGGGUUAAGAGGAAGGUGCAGGCGGAGAAUGAGCGGUUGGGGGCUACGAGUUUGAUGGCGCUUUAUGAGGGCGGGCUUAGGGGGGAGGGGGAUGAGUCGCAUUCUGGGGAGAAGGUGGUUGAGGGUAAGGAUACCGAGGUGGAUUGA